AUGAGGCGAAGAAUUGUGCAGGACAUAUCCCGAAUUACUCGUGAUCCCCCUCAUGGAGUGAAGGCAUCUCCCUUCUCAGACAACAUGAUGUAUUGCCACGCAAUAAUUAAUGGGCCAGAGGACACAAUGUGGGAGACGGGGACUUUCCACUUGCUGAUCAAGUUCACGGAGGACUACCCAACUUCGCCUCCUCAUGUGCGGUUCCUAACGCGAAUGUACCAUCCUAACAUUUACUCAGAUGGGAAGAUUUGUUUGGACAUCUUGCAAAAUCAGUGGAGCGCCAUGUAUGACGUCGCAGCAGUGCUCACUUCAAUCCAAAGUCUUCUAAGUGACCCCAACCCCGACUCUCCAGCUAACCCUCAGGCGGCUAAGAUGCUCGUCAAUAACAGAGUUGAAUACGACAGGCUUGUUCUGGAAUGUGUGGAAGACAGUUGGGAUAUCCCCCCAUUGCCAGAGGGCACGUUUGACGACGAGUAG